AUGGACCCAAUCAGGCGCAAAGAGUCGGUCUGUAGGAGUCUGUUCGGCCCGGUGGACCACGAGCAGCUGCGCCGAGACUUGAAGCAGAGGAUGCAGGAGAUCACGGAGCAGGACAGCCGCCGCUGGAACUUUAACUUCCACACGGACACGCCGCUGCCCGGCCGCUUUCAGUGGGAGGAAAUACCGGCAGACUGCGCUGCUGCUGUCUACCAGGAGUCCGCACAGAUCAAGGACAGUGUGUGUCCUUCACACACUGAGGAAGAGGACAGGCUGAGCGAGGAAGACGCAGGGACAAGAGACCAGGAGAACUGCUCCAGCAUCUCCAACACGCGCAAGCGUCCCGCUGAAGUGACGCCCGUCCGCAGGAAGAGGACGCACUCCAAACCGGCGGCCAAGCCCAGAAACAACGCGCGGAUCACAGACUUUUUCGCAAAGAGGAGGAGGUCGACAGAAACCAAAAGCAUCCUGAAUCCUUUCCACACGAGUUCCAGUGAAGCAACUCUGUGCAAAACAAUACGAUGAAAAUGCUUCUGAAAAUUGACUAUUUGGCCUCUAUUUAAGCCUGUACACACAUUUGAAUGGACUAGACCGAGGCCUAUU